UAAAAUCCCGGUUGCGGUGAAAUUAUCAAUUCCCAUCCCCUUCAGUGCGGAGACUUGCUUUUCAAAUUCCGGGAGUCUUGUCGAGAAGCGCUUGGUCCAUCCCUUUAGUGCUCCGUCCAAGACUGUGUCUGUCAGAGAUUAACGCUCUCUUGUUUUCAGAACUCUCUAUUUCUAGUUAAUCGAAGAUUCGAACACUCUGCUACCUAUCCACACUCCACACGCCCUUAAAAAUAAAAGAAUCGCAAACCCCCCUCUCAAAUCUUAUCUCAUGCAAUGAAAUCGUCAUCAUCACCAACGGAUUCAAGACCAAAAUUAACACCUUUGCAGGUGUACGAAUCCACUUCUACCUCAAGAAGAUCUCCAAGAUUAGCUCCACCAAACAACAAUGUACCUUCAAAAACCCCCAAAUCUAACAAACCCAAAACAACUCACAUUUCCCUCAGACGAUCUCCGAGGCUUGAACCCACACCUGCUUCUCCCCAAAGCGUUUCGAGGAAAAAGCACAGCCGAAACGUUUCUAAAACGAAAUGCUCUGCUCGAAACGUUUCUGUUGACCGCAAAAUCCCGUCGAGGUCCUCAAGGGUGGGGAAUUCGCGCAUGCAAAAUGUUGCCGCCAACAGAACAGUUUUGUUGGAUUCUUCAGCUUUGAGGAGGUCGCCGAGGCUGUCAAGUGCGGACAUGGAGAUUGUUGUUAGUGAACGAAACGCUUCAGUUGUUGUGGCGGAUACAGCGCGCUUGAGGAGGUCCCCGAGGCUGGCAAAUGGGUACGCGGAGGUUGCGGUCAGUAAAGUGAGGACUUUCUUAAAGAGAAAGAGAGUGUCUGACGAGAUGUCAAGGUCACCAAGAAAUCAAAACGGCCGAUUGGACGUACAGUUUGCCUUAGUUCAGAGUGAAAAAUGCUCGCGCUUCAUAGUAAACGAAGAGAAUGAAAGAAAUUGUUUGAAAGUAGAAUGCUCGAGUAAGGACUUAUCAAAGGGGUCACCUGUAGCAUGCAGUUCAGCAAAUGCUAAACUGGGAUGCUGUGAAAAGCGUGGUUGUCAGUCUGUUUUGUUGACAAUUUCUGACUCUGAAGUAGGGGAUUCGGGAGAGUUUGAAGCCAAACCGCUAUUGCUUCCAUGGCAUGGAGAUAAUGAGAGUCAAACUGGGAUGGUAAAAUGUGAUGAUGGCUCAAGUGUGUUUGAGGAGGAGCCGUUGAGGAUGUCUCCAAGUUUUGAUUUUGCAAAUGAAAAUGCUGUUAUCAACGAGUCUCCCAUAAAAUCUUGUAAAUGGUCCUCGGCAUUGGAUGGGGAUGGGAAUUUUGAAGUGAUAUCUUGUUCCAGUGGGAUUUUUGAUUCGAACGAUGCAUGCCCUUCUAAGAGGGUUAAAAUUUGUGAAGAAAAUUCUGUUUCAGGAAUGUCAGAUGAGAAGCUCUUGAGACGGUCUCCCAGGACAAACUCAAUUGUUGUGACUGAAAAUGGGGAAAACAAGUCAGGUAAGAAGCAAUCUCCAAAGACGAAUUCUGGUAAAGAACUGUCUUUGGAGAAGGCUUCUUCAGGGAAGAAGCAGAAGGAACACAGAGGUAAUUGUUCCCUGAUUGGAGAUCCUGUCGCCCAUGAUGAAGCUCAAGAAAGGUGGCAUUGGCGAUAUGAAAUGAAGAGUAAGAGAACCAAGCAUCCAAGACUCGCUUUAGAUGAUGAUGAUGAAGAUAAGGUUGUUUGGAAUGUUGAAUGCCAUUACACUCAGGCUAAUAUUGAAGGUCGCAUCAUUAAUCUUGGAGAUUGUGUCUAUGUAAAGGGUGAAGGAGCAAAAAAUCAUAUUGGUAGUAUCUUAGAGUUUUUCAAGACAACAGACAGGGAAGAUUAUUUUAGGGUCCAAUGGUUUUACAGAGCUGAGGAUACGGUGAUGAAAGAAGCAGCUGAUUUUCAUGACAAUAAGCGGUUAUUUUAUUCCACAGUGAUGAAUGAUAAUCCAAUAGAUUGCAUUAUUUCUAAAGUCACUGUUGUACAGAUAUCACCUAGGGUACAUUUAAAAUUUCAUUCAACACCAGCGUCUGACUUCUACUUUGACAUGGAAUACUGUGUGGAUUAUUCAACAUUUCGAACUUUGCUGACUGGUAAGAAUUUAAAUUCUACUCCUGGUACCGAGUUGCUGUUUGAGUCUUGCUGCAAUUGCAUGUCAAAUGGAGGAAGGGAAGGAACAGUUUCAUCAUUCAAUGGAAGGCAUGAGAUAUUGGUCAGGAACCAAUAUUGUUCAUUAAGGGGACAUGAGUUAUCACCACUGCCUUUCUGUGAUUCUCGAUCUGCAACUCCCAGUGAUAUUUCAAUGGAAAACAUGUCCACUUGUGGAAGUUACAAAGCAAAGUUGACACUACUAGAUCUUUUCUCUGGCUGUGGUGGAAUGUCAACUGGAUUAUGCCUGGGUGCCAAAGUUUCUUGUGUCGAUCUUGUGACGAGAUGGGCGCUAGACAGUGAUGAGUCUGCAUGUCAAAGCUUGAAGUUAAAUCAUCCGGAGACACAUGUUAGGAAUGAAGCUGCCGAGGAUUUUCUUGAACUAUUGAAGGAAUGGCAAAAGCUAUGCAAACGUUAUGCGGUCAAUGAUGUAGGAAGGACACAUAAGUCACGGUCAAUGGCAUCAAGUAUGUCAAAACAAAAUAAAAAUUCUUCAAAUGAUGAUGAUAUUGCUUCUGGUGAAUAUGAAGUCGCUAGGCUUGUUGACAUUUGUUAUGGGAAGACCGAUAAGAGAGGAAAGCGUGGGCUGAAAUUUAAGGUGCACUGGAAGGGUUAUAGUACCAGUGAAGAUUCAUGGGAGCCAAUUGAAGGCUUAAGUAACUGUGAACAUUCUAUACGGGAUUUUGUAAGAGAGGGGUUCAAAUCCAAGAUCUUGCCACUUCCUGGUGAUGCUGAUGUGAUUUGUGGAGGUCCUCCAUGCCAAGGGAUUAGUGGCUAUAAUCGCUAUAGAAAUGUUGAUUCUCCACUUGCUGAUGAAAGAAAUAUUCAGAUUGUAGUCUUCAUGGACAUAGUGCAGUUCUUAAAACCUAAAUAUGUGCUGAUGGAAAAUGUAGUUGACAUCCUUAGAUUUGACAAGGCUUCGUUUGCUAGAUAUGCUUUAAGCCGAUUGGUGCAUAUGAAAUACCAAGCAAGGCUUGGCACUGUUGCAGCUGGUUGUUAUGGUCUUCCACAAUUUCGGCUGCGUGUUUUCUUGUGGGGAGCUCAUCCCAAGGAGAAACUGCCUCAAUUUCCACUUCCUUCUCAUGAUGUUAUUGUCAGAUAUUGGCCUCCACCUGAGUUUGAGCGGAACACUGUUGCCUAUGAUGAAGAUCAACCUCGUGAUGAUCUAGAAAAAGCCACAGUUCUUCGUGAUGCCAUUUCAGAUCUUCCAGAUGUCACAAGCCAUGAAACCCGUGAGGAAAUGGCAUACGACAAGCCUCCAGAAACUGACUUUCAACAAUUCAUAAGGUCAACAAGAAACGAGAUGACUGGUUCUGAGCUCAGUGGAACAAGAAUGAUCAAUUUGCUAUAUGACCAUCGUCCUUAUUCAUUAACUGAAGAAGAUUUUGCUCGAGUUUGCCAAAUUCCUAAAAAAAAGGGAGCAAAUUUCAGGGACCUACCUGGUGUGGUUGUAGGAGCUGACAAUGUUGCCCGGCGGGAUCCAACGGAAGAGCAAAUGUUGUUGCCAUCUGGAAAGCCCCUGGUACCUGAUUUUGCCUUAAAUUUCGAAGGAGGAAAGUCUAGAAGGCCAUAUGCGAGAUUAUGGUGGGAUGAAACAGUGUCGACUGUUGUUACUUUUCCGGAUCUUCACAGCCAGGCGGUGAUGCAUCCAGAGCAAGAUCGAGUUCUCACCAUACGAGAAUGUGCUAGGCUGCAAGGUUUUCCUGAUUAUUAUAGAUUCUGCGGGACAGUUAAACAAAGGUAUCGUCAAAUUGGAAAUGCAGUUGCAGUUCCUGUAGGUCGUGCCUUGGGAUUCACGUUGGGGAUGGCAUUUCAAAAACUAAGUGGGGAUGAUCCGCUAAUGACAUUACCUCCCAAGUUCUCUCACUCAACUAACCUUCAAUUAGCUAAAUCACUGUUUCAGAAGGCUGAAUAAUAUUUACUCGCACCGCAACCUUUCAGAAGGCUGAAUAAUAUUUUUCCACACCGCAACUCUGUCAUCCAUCUCAUUACACGCGGCAUUAAUGACGAGUUUUGCUUGCUGGGCUAUUCCUUUUUCCUCGAUCUUUUCUACCGGGAGAGGCAAGCUCGUGUCAUUUUUUCAUUGUAAUUGGAUAUCUGAUUUUUUGCAUAAAGAAACUCAUUGAAUAUCAAUGAGAAAUUUGUAGUUCGGAUUUAUUGUUUCAAUAAAACGCCUGAUGGCAACUGGAAAAAAAAGGUGUGUUCUUGUCAAUUUGUGAGUAUUUAUGGAGCCCCAAAUUAUAAAGAAUGUUUAUAAGAUAUUCUGUUCAAAGUUGAAGGACACGAUUACUUUUUAUUGA